AUGGAUCUCACCUCUGGGGUGGCAGGUCUUGUCAGCUUCACCAUCGAGCUCGCUCAACUCACCUACAACUAUGUCUCGGGCGUCAAGGAUGCAGACAGAGCCUCCACCAGCGUUCGAGAUGCUCUGAACUCCCUACUGGAAACCCUUCUUGCGCUGGAAUCGAGCGUGACAGGCCAGUUUCUCCCAAAUCUUCCGUCGCAUCAGUCGGAUUUGCUUUCCCAGAGCCAUAUCGAUGCAUGCAAGCAGAGAUUGCUGAUCUUGUUGGAGAGACUGCGGGCGCAGCUGAAGCUCGAUGGCACUCUCAAGAAGCGCCAUUCGCUUUCUUGGCCGUUCAAGAAGCAGGAGACGCUGCAGUUGGUUUCUGAGCUCCAUGAUUCUAGAGAUACAUUUCAGGCUAUGUUGGCAGUUGAUACACGGUCUAUCGCCAUCGACACAAAUCAGCAGAUAAACAAGAUCAAGAAUGAUCAAGAGUUCGAAAAAGUGCUGAGCUGGCUAUUGCCCAAGGCCACGUCAUCUUUGAGAUUCUCAAAACGGCGAGAGCAUUGCGCAAAGACAGAAAAUUGGAUUGUCGAGGAACCAGCAGUGAAGGCCUGGACCCAAUCGAACUCUGGGAGCGUGCUCUGGUGUUAUGGUUCUCCUGGUUCUGGGAAAAGCGUUCUCAUGUGA